CUGAAUUUUCAAAAAAUAAAUGAAUGAUUGGCAUUUUACAUUAAAGAACAUCCCAUUGUUUAUUUCUUCAUCGGAGCUCCACCGGAACCUGAUGAUGUUAAGACCCAGACUUGUCUUGUUUAGCGUCUUUGCCCUUACUUUAUCUCUAUUCCCAGAUGUUUCCGAUGGUAGAGCAGGCAAAAGCAACCACUGCGGCCCAUCUUUGUGUGGACACGUUAAUAUCAGUCACCCUUUCCGACUAAAAGGUCAGCCUCGUGGAUGUGGUGACCGUAGGUUUGAAUUAGAGUGCAAGAGAAACCGCACCAGUUUUCCCACGAAAUACGGAAACUUUUAUGUCCUAAACAUCUCUUAUGUUGACCGAACGCUUCGACUUGUGGAUGUGAGUCUGGUCGAUGAAAACUGCUCAAUUCCUCGCAGUUCCAUUGUCCAUUCUUCAGACAGCUAUCUAGAAUACAUAAUAUUGAAUAGAGCAGACACCAUGUAUCUGGUAAAUUGCACGACAAGGAUGAAGUCUUCUUCAGUUUAUGUCGAUGCUUCUCGUUGCCCAACCAAUAGCUCUUCUUCUCCUUGGACCUACUUCUACUUUCCGGUCUCGUUUUCAAAUAUAUCCGAUUUCCAUCAUUCGUGCAGAUUUAUAGCCCAGUUUCCUGUCAUGCUUUCCAAUAUUAGUGGCUUAUCCCCUUCGUACAUUUACAAAAACCUGUUGGAAGGCGUCGACGUGUACUGGUAUAUACCCUAUACUGAUUGGACUUUAAACCCGAUUCUCAAAGUCUUGCUAGAUUUGGUGUACUAUCUGCUACUUCCAAUAGAAAGCAAUCUGGCCUUUCUUCUACCGGGAAUCUUCGGCCAUUAUCCUUUUGGGAAAGGAGCCACCUUCGUUUGUCUUGCAGUAUCAGGCAUAUUGUUAGCGAGAACUUUGUUGGGGAUAUUCUGCCUCAUUACACUUGUCAUACGCAAACUAAAGAGGAGGCAUUUGUCGAUGGAUGAUGAUAUCGAAAACUUUCUUCAAAGUCAAAAUAAUUUAAUACCUAUUCGAUAUUCGUAUUCUGAAAUAAAAAGAAUUACGGAAGGUUUUAAAGUUAAAUUAGGUCAAGGUGGUUAUGGUUCUGUGUUUAAAGGAAAGCUUCGCAGUGGUCGGCUAGUGGCAAUAAAAAUGUUAGAUAAAUCCAAAGCAAAUGGAGAAGAUUUCAUCAAUGAAGUUGCUACUAUUGGAAGGAUUCAUCAUAUUAAUGUAGUGCAACUUAUUGGGUUUUGUGUAGAGAGAUCAAAACAAGCUCUUGUAUAUGAUUUUAUGGUGAAUGGGUCUUUGGAUAAAAUUAUAUUUUCAAAGGAGAAUUGUACUUUAAGUUGGCAAAAAUUAUUUGAGGUUGCACUAGGUGUGGCUCGAGGGAUUGAAUACUUGCACAGUGGUUGUCAAAUGCAAAUUUUGCAUUUUGAUAUCAAGCCGCACAACAUUCUUUUGGAUGAAAACUUUAUCCCUAAAGUUUCUGAUUUUGGUCUUGCAAAAUUAUAUUCAGUGGAUGACAGUAUUAUUUCUCUCACAGCGGCUCGUGGUACAUUAGGAUACAUUGCUCCUGAAUUAUUUUACAGAAAUAUUGGAGGCAUCUCAUAUAAAGCCGAUAUUUAUAGUUUUGGAAUGUUGUUAAUGGAAAUGGUGGGAAGAAGAAAGAAUUUGAAUGCAUUUGAUGAUCAUUCUAGUCAAAUUUAUUUUCCGUCAUGGAUUUAUGAUCGAUUUGAACAAAGAGAGAACAUAGAAUUAGGGGAUGUAACAGAAGUUGAUGACAAAAUAGCAAGGAAGAUGAUAAUGGUUGCAUUUUGGUGCAUACAAAUGAAUCCCGCUAAUCGUCCUUCAAUGAGCAAAGUUUUGGAAAUGCUCGAAAAUGAACAUGAUCAACUUGAAUUGCCGUCCAGACCUUCACUAUUUUCUCUCGAAAAGUCGACUGAAGAACAUGUUUGUAAGAAUGUAUCGGAGGAACCAUCAACGUCAAAAAGUUGUGUGGACAUCUAAGUAUAAUGUUUGAUUUUAUUCGGACCUUUUAUACAUAUAGUUCUGCAAGUACUGUAAGCUUUUAAUUUGUAGCAUUUCAUGCUCAGUUGUAUAAUAUCCAGCAUCAUGUAAUACGACUAUUAAUGGAUGUGUGUUUUAGACUUUA